AUGCAUAAGGAUGGGCUGGAUGAAUACAAAGCCGGAAUCAAUAUUGCUGGAAGAAAUAUCAACAACCUCAGGCACGCCGAGGAUACUACUCUGAUGGCUGAAAGUGAGGAAGAACUAAAGGACCUAUUGAUGAGGGUAAAAGAAGAGAGUGCAAAAGCUGCCUUGCUGCUCAACGUUAAAAAGACUAAGAUCAUGGCAAACAGCAAUCUUAGUUCCUGGCAAAUAGAUGGGGAAGACGUGGAGGAAGUGACAGAUUUUAUUUUCCUGGGAUCCAAGAUCUCUUCGGAUGGUGACUGUAGUCAUGAAAUUAAAAGACGUUUGCUCUUGGGGAGGAAAGCUAUGGCAAGCUUUGACAAGCUGAUAAAAACUAAAAACCAAAGAUAUUACACUAUCAGCAAAGGUCCACAUAGUAAGAACUAUGGUAUUCCCAGUAGUAACAUACAGAUGUGA